UUUUUUUUGCCCUUUUCUUUGCUUAUAAAUACACAUGAAUAAAGAAGAUAUACCUGAAGACGCUAAUCAACACUGUCCUGGACCAGAAAGUGAUACAGCUGGAAAAGCAGAUGCUUGUGCAGGUUGCCCUAAUCAACAAAUAUGUGCAACUGCGCCCAAGGGACCAGAUCCAGAUAUUCCAGUGAUUACCGAAAGGCUGUCUAAUGUAAAGCACAAGAUACUUGUCUUAUCCGGAAAGGGGGGAGUAGGCAAGAGUAGCUUCACUUCUCAGCUAGCCUUUGCUCUGGCCAACAAUGAAGACUGUCAAGUAGGUGUAAUGGAUGUCGAUAUCUGUGGUCCUUCGAUACCUACUAUUAUGGGUGUUGUCAAUGAACAAAUCCACUCGAGUGGUACAGGAUGGCAACCAGUCUAUGUUCAAGACAACUUGGCGGUCAUGUCUAUUGGAUUUAUGCUGCCUGAUAAAGACGAUGCAGUCAUCUGGAGAGGACCCAAGAAGAACGGCCUGAUUAAGCAAUUUUUAAGGGACGUUGAUUGGGGUCACUUGGACUACCUCUUGGUUGACACCCCACCUGGCACUUCGGAUGAGCAUUUGUCCUUAGGCUCUUUUCUUAAACCAAGUGGUCUUGAAGGCGCAGUAAUCAUUACAACGCCUCAAGAGGUCGCUCUUCAAGAUGUACGUAAAGAAAUUGACUUUUGUAGAAAGGCAAAGAUUCCCAUCUUGGGAUUAGUAGAGAAUAUGUCUGGCUUUGUCUGCCCUAACUGUCACGGAGAGUCUGUGAUAUUCCCGCCUACGACAGGUGGAGCAGAAGCAUUGGCUAAAGAAUUUAGCAUACCUUUGCUUGGUAGAAUACCCUUGGAUCCAAGAGUGGCUAAAAGUUGUGAUAUGGGUGUAUCAUUUUUGGAUGAAUAUCCUGAUUCACCUGCAUGUAUUGCUUAUGAAGAUAUUAUAGAAAGAUUAAGACAACAAGUAGAGAAAUAAAUUUCUAUAUACAAAAUGAUACUGUGUUUAUAUUUAUUACAUGUACACACGCAUACACACACAAUAACACACAAACAC